AUGUUUGGUGGUGCCAUCUCCUGCUUCUCCAAACAGAGAAUACUACUUCUCCUCCUCUCCAACCUCCACUAUGUACAGGCAAAGGCUGUUCUGACCAUAUACCCCACAUCCUCCCAGAUAUUCAGUGGAGAGUCUGUCACUCUCAGAUGUAACAUACAGAGGGGAGAAGUCACUGACUGGGAAUACACAUGGAGCAAGGAUGAUGUAGACUUCCUCAGUAGGAAGCAUGAAUAUGAGAUCAGAGAGGUUAAGAUUUCAAACAGUGGAGACUACUGGUGUCUGGGUACACAUAUUGAUAAUGGGACAGAAUCUAUGUGGAGCGAUGCAGUCAGACUGACAGUGACAGCUCUGCCCAUGGCCUCAGUGAAAGCCUCUCCACGGGGUCCCCUCUAUUCUGGAGAGACAGUCACUCUGCAGUGUGACAUAUCAGACUACAGAGACUGGACGUACCUCUGGCACAGAGACAACCAACAUCUUCCCAAACUGACCAAUAAAACCACCCCCAUCUAUCUCCCUGACCAGGCUGGUCAGUACCAGUGUGAGGGGACAAGGACAAGACGGCCUGAGAGGACAUAUCUCAGCUCAUCUCUCACCAUCGUUGUUGCUGCCCUGCCAAAAGCUACACUGACCAUAACACCAAACCCUGCAUACACUGGAGAGACAGUAACUCUGACGUGUUCAGUGGGGUCUGACAGUGGCUGGAGGUAUACAUGGUACAAAGACAACACUAACAAAGUAGUGACCUUGUCUGGCAGACACUCUACAACAGGAGCCACCUUCACCAUCAGUAGAGCUGCUGAGUCUGACCAGGGUCUCUUCUGGUGUCAGGGAGAGAUCCAGUCCAGAUCCAUAUCAUCAAUCAUCAGUGAUCCUGUCACAAUCACUGUGAAAGAGAGACCUGUGGCUGUUCUGACCCUCCAACCCAACUGGCCCCAGAUAUUUAGUGGGGAGACUGUCACUCUCAGUUGUGACAUACAGGGGGGAAGAGAGAUUGAGUAUGCUUUUUAUAACAGUGGGAAGUUGAUCUACACGAAAACAGAGCCUGAGUACAGAAUCAGUCCUGCAAAGAAUGGUCUAUAUACCUGUGAAGGUCUUCAGAAAACAAAGGGCUUAAAACACUCCCAGACAAGUAAUGCUGUACAAUUGACCGUGUUAGAUAAUCCCCAAGCUGUCCUGAGUGUCUCUCCUCAGUGGCUGAACCCUGGAGACUCAGUUACUCUGAGCUGUGGGGUUAAAGAGUCAUCAACAGGCUGGAGGUUCUUCUGGUACCGAACUGUUCCCUACACAGCUGGGUUACUGUCCCUAUCGAACUCGUCCUACUCUGUAGAGCCUCUAUCUGGCAGUGGGACUAGUGAAGACUCCUACACUCUGAUCCCUGCUGGUCCUAGUCACACAGGAGGAUAUAUGUGUAGAGCUGGGAGAGGAGACCCAGUCUAUGACACACUCUACAGUGAACCUCAGUUUCUCUGCUGUGAGGAGAAGAGGAACUCUAUUGGAUGGAGACUGAAGAGAUACAGAGAGAAAGCAGUGGAGUCAGUGUGUGUCUCUAACUGGGGAUCAAUAGCAGGGUCCACAUGUACCAUCAGGUCCACAUACACAGGGGACAGUGGAGUGUACUGGUGUGAGUCUGGAUCAGGAGAUAUUAUUUAUAUAUUUUGUUACACAGUUGGCAUUCUGAUCCUGGAGAGCCCUCCCUAUCCCAUAACUGAGGGAGAAUCUAUGACUCUCAGUUGUACAAAUAGAUAUCAGGAAACAAACCCGAACACCAAGGUUGAUUUCUACAAAGAUGGAAUAUUCAUCAGGAAUGAUACCACAUUAGAGAUGACCAUCCCUGCAGUAUCCAUGUCAGAUGAAGGCUUCUAUAAGUGUAAAUCUAAUGAAGGAGAAUCACCAGAGAGCUGGGUGACAGUGAGAGGUUCCAUUGUCUCCAUCUCUGUGCUGCCCAGGCUGCUGUGUGGUUUACUGGUUGCGUUUCCCUUUCUACUGGUGUCUAUCGUGCUCAUGGUGAAAUGCUGCAGGGCUCGAGGCCUGUGUUCAACAGCCAAAUCUCUUCAAUACGAGUUACCAUCUGAUAAUGUCAUUGAACAGACUGAAUCAUCCGUGUGAUCAAUACAGUAAGAACUAUAAACUGAAGACCCAUUUUUGGGAUGUUACUGUUUUUGCCAUUGUCUUGACAUUGAUUUAUGAUAGAGUUUACUGAGUCAAAUAUCUCUGAAUGGAAUUUUACAAAUACUAAAUGUUAUGGUUUAGCAAGUUGACAUUUUCAGCUUUUGGGGGCUUGUUUGCUUUGCUUUGCUUUUGUUGAUUGUUGUUAAUUUUCUUUAAAAAUUAUAUUUAGCCCUCUUUGACUACAGUUUGUGGAUUAAACAAUAGUGUAGUGUCUGUUUUGUUUAAAAGUUGAAUUUGUAUUUUUUUCUAUUUAGUUUUUUACAUAAUGUCAAUCUUUUUAUAUACAUUUACUCAUUUUUUUAAAGAAAAAAAGUGGGUUUAUACUUGUUUGGCCGACCUGCUAAUACAACUUUAACAGUUAAUUUGGCAGAUUUGUUGUUUGUUUUGAAUUCAAUUAACGCUUAUUUUUAUAUACAUUUUACAUAAUUUUCACUUCUAUGUCUCUAUGUUUUUGACAUUUUUUUACAGUAGUUGCAGGAACCAGAUUAAUAUUCCACUAUGGAACUUGAAUGAAGAGGGUGUUUAUUGUCUUACGUCAGAUAGCGCAAUGAUUCCGCAUGAUGAUGAUUCAAUAGCAGUGACGCCUACCGACGUAAGACAAUGGAGAGUGUGUUGUAUUUUGUAUUUUAAAUGUUGUA